UAUGGAAGCACGCGCGUUCUAUAAACGUGAGACGAAAAAUAAAUAGAACAUUUACUCAAGUGAUAAUAUGGGUAUACCUAAUGAUGCGGAAAAUACAUCGGAGAAGGAAUAUAAUCCUUAUGAACAUCGACAGGUCAAAAAGCCUAACUCCGAUGUACGCUCCUUAGCAAAUUUAUUGAAAGCUUCUUUAGGAUCAGGGAUCCUUGCUAUGCCUCUUGCCUUUUCCAAUGCAGGAUGGGGUUUUGGCAUUGUUGGAACUGUUAUAGUAGCAUUUAUUUGUGGUCACUGUGUUCACAUAUUUGUUAAGGUAUCUCGUGGAUGUUGCAAAGUUCUUAGGAAACCUUUAUUAAAUUACGCUGAGACUUGCGAAGCUGCAUUUUCUAUUGGGCAUAAAAAAGUUAGACCCUUUGCUAAAUUUGCUCGAAUAUUUGCAGAGGUAGCACAAUUACUCACUUACUUAGGUGUAUGUUGUAUUUUUACAGUUUUAAUAGCCGAUUCAAUUAAACAGCUGUUCGACCGUUAUGUGCCAACAUUUAUUCUGCCAGUUGAAUAUUAUUGCUUAAUCAUACUAAUCCCACUUUGUUUGAUGUGUCAAAUCAGAUAUUUGAAAUGGUUAGCCCCAUUUUCAUUGAUUGCUAACGUUUUGUUGGUCGCCACGUUUGCUAUAUGCAUAUAUUAUAUAUUUAAAGAUGAAAUAUCCGUAGCGGAUAGGAAAGUUGUGGGCGCAGCAGCCCGACUGCCGGCUUUUCUUUCUACAGUGAUCUUCGCAAUGGAAGGCAUCGGUGUCGUGAUGCCAGUAGAGAAUGCUAUGAAGAAACCACAGCACUUCCUUGGCUGCCCAAGCGUUCUGGUCAUAGCAAUGACGUUUAUAAUGAUUCUAUAUGCCAUUCUGGGAUUGUUUGGAUAUUUACGAUACGGCGAUGAAUUGAAGGGCUCGAUCACGUUAAACUUGCCUAUCGAUGAUUGGCCAGCAAUUUUCGCAAAGAUUUUUAUAGCAUUGUCUAUAUUUCUUACUUAUCCAUUACACUUCUUCGUCGUUGUUGGGGUUCUAACAAGAUUCAUCGAACCUCACAUACGAAAAGAAUACAGAAAUAUAACUCAAAUAUUUGGCAGAACUGCUGUUGUGCUUUUUUGCGGUGGAAUAGGAGUAGCCUUACCAAUGUUAGAACACAUAACUAACAUUGUAGGAGCCCUGUUUUACUCAACGCUAGGGCUCAUUAUACCAGGAGUAGUCGAAACUAUAUUCAGAUGGGACGACCUUGGAAGAUAUAACUGGAUCUUCUGGAAAAAUGUUUUGAUUGUAUUAUUCGGUGUAUUUUGUGCAAUUUCUGGAUGCACUGUCACUGUCAUUGAUAUUAUUGAAAAAUUAAGGAAAACAGAAUAG